CAUUGCCCUACGGAUCUGCAACAUCCUACAUGGCGCGGGAACGAGAGCUAACAACGACGCAGGGAGGCCCAGGGUGAGAAGCUCAGCCUCGCGUUCGAGGGCGCUGUCGUCAGGAGCAAGAUACCCCAUGUCCGUCCGGCGCUCUGGUUCCGAAAACAAGCAAAUUCCGACGAUUAACCACGACACGGUGGGCACAGUACUGGCUGCCGCUCGCGCUGCUUCCACGAACAGGAAAUACAAAUCAGUGAUAUCUCGUUAUGAGAGUCUCUUAAGCCGUAUGGGGAUGUCUCCUUGGCCGGUGUGUGGUUCAUCCCUUGCUGUAUAUAUAUCAGCUCUGACCCAAGAAGGAAGGGUACAGUACACGACAAUAAAGGACUACGUCCAGAAGCUGCGCUGUGCCAAUACCCUCGAGCACGGUCGGCUCAGCGAGCAAGACUCGGAGCUAGUUCGACUAGCGCUGCUAGGCGCGUCUAAGAUUCUCGGAGUCACAUCCCCGAAGAGAGCUCGAACGCUCUCCAAAAAAGGAGCUGUUGCAACUUUCUUGUAUUGUCCCUGGUAGCGGAAACCUUGGAGUGCCGGUAGCCUAUCUACUCGGCGUUGCGGGGCUUUUUCGUCUUCGAGAGCUGAGCGAGCUGAGAUGGUCAGACAUAAACUGGGAAGUAUGCGCAGACAAUAAACCAUGUCUGGUAGUCCAUGUACGGAAAUCGAAGACCGACCAGUGCCGUCGCGGUCGACGAGUGUUUAUUGGUUGCUGUAUGGCCAGCUCCGAGGACUGUGGAAUGUCAGUGUGCCCAUACCACCGAUUAUCCAGGUGGGCGCAAGAAACUGGAAAUCACAUCCAGACCGGUCAGAAGAGCGUGUUCGGCCUGACGUACGCGCAGCUUCGCGAGGGCAUAUGCGAGCUGAUCGCGGCCGUCUGCGGAAAAUCCGACGAACGAGGACGGUCAACGACGCAUAGUAUGAGCCGAACUGGAUGCUGGUUGUUACUGAAUGGCGGUGCCAGACUCGACGAGGUGGUCGAAUAUGGACGCUGGGCCGAUCCGAGGUGCGUUUUAUCGGCGUAUUCCCGCGAUCACCAUGAUGCGCAGUUCCGCCACAAGCAAGUUCAUGGCCAGCGCUGAGACGACGAGUGAUUAGCGGGAUACACGUGUCAGAAAUGGAUUC